AGACGGAAGGCUCAUCAUUCGAUUCUUCUCCACUGCUGGUUGUUUCUUGCUAUUACUGCUUUUAGUUUUAUCCAUUGUCUCUAAUCCCUAAUCCAUGGCCUGGCCUUGACUGGGGACUGGACUGAACUCAUUCACUCACUUCGUUGGAUAUCCGGUAGAUAAAUAAUCAAUGGCGGCCACUGCAAAUGCAAAUGCAAAGCACAUGAUGCUGAUGAUGUUGUCUGCUUCCAUUUCUCUUCCUGUAUCCUCACGCUGUGCAUCGUUAUCAGCAAAGCGUCUCCUUUGCAAUCAAUAUCCCACAAGAUCGCAGACCCUCGUAAGAUCCGCUUGUACGGGUAUCACCACCGAUACAAGCAAGAAGAAGAAGAAAGAAAAGGGGCUAGCCAAAGAAAAGAGAAGAACCCGUUCGCUCAGGGAUGGGGAUAUUCACAUUUUAAAGGAGGAGGACGAUGAUUCUUCUUCUUCUUCUACAGUAAUGAUGCAGCAGUCCCAUAUCCCCGUUAUGUUGGGUGAAGUCCUUGAUGUCUUCUCUUCAAAUUUAAAGCCUCUGUCUUCUUUUGUCGAUUGUACUCUUGGAGCUGCUGGUCAUGCUUCUGCGAUAAUCCAGUCCCACCCUGAACUCAAGCUUUUCAUUGGAAUGGAUGUGGAUCCACUUGCACUCCGUAUGGCUCGUUCUCGCAUCAAUGCUGCUAUUUCCCAUUCUCACCCUCAUCCUAACUUCCAAGCUCUCACUUUUGUCAAAAAUUUCAGACACAUCAGAUCCCUUCUCACCCAGGUUGACCACAUCUCUUCCGGAGUCGAUGGCAUCUUAAUGGACUUAGGAAUGUCAUCCAUGCAGGUCAACAAUCCUGCCCGAGGCUUCAGUGUGCUUGCUAAUGGACCCCUUGAUAUGCGCAUGGAUCCUCAGGCUAGUCUGAAAGCGGAAGAUAUAUUAAAUUCUUGGCCAGAUAGUGAAGUGGGUAGAAUCCUCCGGGAUUAUGGAGAAGAAAGGAAUUGGCGAUUGCUACAAAACAAGAUUGUUCAAGCCCGUCUUCAGGGUGGAUUGCAUUCCACUGGUGAAUUGGUUGAUGUUAUUCGGAGUGCCACUCUUGGGACAAAAGGAGGUAGGCAAGGUUGGAUAAAGACCGCAACAAGAGUGUUUCAGGCUCUUAGAAUCGCUGUCAAUGAUGAACUCAAGACGCUGGAGGAUUCCCUGCACGCUUGUUUUGAUUGUCUUGCUCCUGGGGGUAGGCUUGCUGUCAUUUCUUUCCAUAGUUUAGAGGACAGAAUUGUGAAACAAGCAUUCCUUAAGAUCAUCGGUGAAGAAGUGAGGAAUUCCAUAAGGAACGUCGAAGGCGGGGAGGAUGAAAAGGAAUUAUGGAUUAGACAGACGAUACAAGGUUCUAAUGGAACAAUACUUACCAAGAGGCCAAUAACACCAUCUGAAAAGGAAGAAGGUUUCAACCGUCGCAGCAGAAGUGCUAAGCUAAGGGUAAUUCAGAAGUUGUAGCUAUUUAGGUAACAGCUUAGGGAAGUUAUUCAUAAAUACACAACAAAUGCAUUAACAUCUCAUGUAGCUAUUUAGGUCCUUUCGACAUGUAAGCCUCUAAGUUAUACUGAACAUUUUUAUGUCAUUGGAAAAACCAAUUAAUCCUGGGGUGAUUUGCCUGUGAGCAUACGAGUGAAGAAUGCCUACAAAUUUGAACAGAUUUACCUAUGAGAAGAGAUCUUUCCUCCA